AUGAUAGUGAAUCAAACCAGAUGGGCUCGUCUCCGCUCGGCCGGCGCCUCGCGCCGGUCGAGAAUCGUCAUCGCCGCCCUGAUCAUGUUCCUCGCCUCCGCGGCGCUUGUAUUACAACCCGACUGGCACGUCGCGACUUCCGGGCUUCGCGUACCUGGGCUGCAUCACCCGACAAAGAGCUCGACACCCGUGGCCGAACCCGUGCCGGUGCCGCAAACACCACUGCCGGAGGCAACUGACGCGGACGUCGACGUACAGGCGGCCGUGUUGUCGCCCGAUGAAGACGGCAUCCUCUUGUCCGUCGGCAACCCGAUCUUCACGUCGCCGAACGGGCGAUAUACACUCGCCCUCCAGCCCGACGGCGAUCUCGUCUUGUCAUACUACCAGAUCGACGGCACCGCUCACCCGCUAUGGUGGACGGGAACGGGUGACCGACACUCGGGAGGCCGGACCGUCGCCGUCGAGAAGCACAAGGGCCACGUGCGUCUGGUCGUCAACGCCAUGCUGAAGAACACUUGGGUGACGGUAUGGCACAGCGACCUCGAGCCGAAGUGCAAGAAUCCCGGCGGUAUUGUUCAGGCGCGCGACGCUUCGCUGCUGGAGAAGACGUCGAGCCACCUGGAGCUUUCCAAUGACGGGAAGCUCACCCUCGCCGGCGUCUGCGACCUCCGCGUCCCGCCGAGUCACCACGAGAAGGACCGUAGCCUCGCCGUCAUCGUAGCGGGCCUGUACCGCACCAACCACGUAACAUGUAAAACGCACAUGGAGCAGCUCAUCAACGACCAUCCAGCUUUUUCCCGAAUCGACGUCUUCGCUUACAUGCUCUACGAGCAAGCGGACAUUGACGUCCAUGGCCGGACGCCCGAAUCGAUCGAGGCACAGCUGAGGGAGUGUUACGGGACACAUCUGAGGUCCGUUGAUGUCGUGCCCGUCGCCGAGGCGGAGGAGGAGUAUCCGGGUGGUAAAGAGGCCAUGUUUGCGCCGUGCGGGGACCGGUUGAGGAGGCUGAACAACCAGCUCAGGACGGUCUCGCUGGCGGCGCAGAAGUGGUGGGCGUGGACUGUGACGAACGGGUUCACGCACGACACCGUGUUGAGGAUCAGGCCGGACACCUCGUUCUGGGGCAGGCCGGAGUUCAAGACCCUGGAGGAGAUGGGCGACGCGCUUAUAUUGCCGCAUCCGAAGGGGGAGCAUUACUUUUAUUGUGCACGGAUGAGGGGGAGCGUUGGCGUCGGCCCGACCGACCAGAUCGCCUACGGCACCCCGGCAUCCAUGCAGCACUGGCUCUACAUGCACGACCGCUUCGCGCAGAUGGUCGAUCUGGCGUCGAACCCGGACAGACCCGCCCUGCGAGACUUCUCGGGGUGCGAGGACAUGCCGUCCGGGCCGCUGGCGAGCGACUGCCCGCGGCCGGCGCCGUGCUCGAUCGAGUGCCUCGUGGCGUGGUACCUCGACGCGCGCGGCGUGGACUUCAGGAUCGAGUGGGGCUGGGAGCAGAACCCCCUGAGGUGGAAGGAUAUCGGGAUGCUCGGGGCCGAGGAGGAGAGGAUGGCGGACCAGCACCAGGAGGAUAAGGACGACGGGAUGACGUGGGGUUGA